AUGAGUCAUCAUGCCUCUUGGUUAGAAAGUGACCUCUGUAAUCUCAAGGAAGACUCAAGGGGGAAUCAAAGCCUGUUUGAGGUGCAGCUAUUCGGGGAUGAGGUCUUGGUCAUGUCUGCCUCCUUAUCUUUGUCCCUCUCUGCCUUGUUCCCAUGCAGCCUAGAGCAGGUGUGUGCUGCUGAGACACCAAGUCCUCCCCAGAGCCCUCUGGGUUCCGACUCUGCCCCUGCCAUGGCAGCCCCUGCUUGUAGCCAAUCUGAAGAUGAGGGCUUCAGCAGCCAAGAUGAACAGGAGACAAGCAGCAGAGAGGACUCUGGAGAUGCUGAGUCGUCACUUCACGAUGCCCUGUAUUUGAAGAUGACUGAACUGGUGGAGUUUCUACUCCUGAAGUAUCGUGCAAAGCAGCCAACUACUAAGGCAGAAAUGCUGAGUAGAGUCAUAAAAAAGUAUCAGGACCACUUCCCUGAGAUCUUCAGCCUAGCCUCUGAGUGCAUGCAGUUCCUCUUUGGCAUUGAUGUGAAGGAAGUGGACCACAGCAACCUCACCUAUGUCCUGGUCACCACCUUGGGGCUCACAUAUGAUGGGAUGGUGUCCCAUGGGCAGUCCAUGCCCAACACUGGCCUUCUGGUCAUGCUCCUGAGAUUGAUCCUUGCAGAGGGCGACUGUGCCCCUGAGGAGAAUGUUUGGGAAACACUGAAUGUCAUGGGUGUGUGUGACGGGAAGGAGCAUUGGAUCUAUGGGGAGCCCAGGGAGCUCCUCACCAAAGUUUGGGUGCAGGAAAAGUACCUGGAGUACCGCCAGGUGCCCAACAGUGAUCCUGCACGCUAUGAGUUCCUAUGGGGUCCCAGGGCUCACGCUGAGACCACCAAGUUGAAAGUCCUCAAGUUUUUUCUCAGGGAUUAUAGAAGGGAUCCCAGUUCUGUUCCAUCCCUAUUUCAAGAGGCUCUGAGUGAUGAGGAAGAGGAGGCCUGA